AUGAUGAACAGCCAGUUGGCCAAUGGUGAACAUGAAGUGGAGGAAUAUGAGUUGGACUCAAUAGAAAACAGCAAUCGCACAGAUCCCAUUUACUCAAUUAAACCAGAUUUUAUAACACAAUGGCGCUUGAAAAAAGAACGUGAGAAUCUCUGCAAAUCCAUUUACAAUCGCUUUGUGGAACAUAACGAAUGCAAACGUCUGCUGCAAGCCUUCAUUGGUGAUAAUGAUGAACUGCAAUUGUGGAGUAAACAUGAUAUUAAACAAUUGGCGGCCUAUAUUAAUGAAAGUUCCAAUGGCACCAGUAUCGAGGGUAAUACCUCGAGUGAAGCCGAAGGACCCGCCCUGGUAUUGCCACCCUUCGAACUGUGGCAGACCAUAGCGAUAGCAGUAUGUUUGGCCAUUUGCAUAAUACUGACGGUGGGCGGCAAUAUUUUAGUACUGCUGGCUUUUAUAGUGGAUCGUAAUAUACGGCAACCAAGUAAUUAUUUUAUAGCCUCCUUGGCUGCCACUGACAUGUUGAUAGGAACUGUUUCCAUGCCUUUUUAUACGGUCUAUGUGCUAAUGGGCUAUUGGGAUUUGGGCCCUUUGUUGUGUGAUCUUUGGCUUUCGGUGGACUAUACCGUGUGUUUAGUUUCACAAUACACGGUGCUGCUGAUAACCAUAGAUCGCUACUGCUCGGUAAAGAUAGCAGCCAAAUAUAGAAGUUGGCGCACCAAACGGCGUGUUAUAUACAUGGUGACAAUAACUUGGAUAAUACCAGCCUUACUCUUUUUUAUAUCCAUUUUUGGCUGGGAACAUUUCACGGGUAAACGUGAUCUGCUGCCCGGCCAAUGUGCUGUGCAGUUUCUUAAGGAUCCUGUAUUUAAUACAGCUCUCAUAAUUGGUUACUAUUGGACGACCCUGAUAGUUUUGUUCGUGCUGUAUGGCGGCAUUUAUAAGACAGCCUAUGAAAUGCAGAAACGAAGCGAAGCUAAACAGCGUAAAAUGCAAUCUAUGGUGGCUUUAAGUGCGGGCGCCAUGUCUGGUAUGGCGGGCCAUGCCGCUGGCAUAGGUGUCAUAGAGGAGAAGAUACUGAAAACCAAAGUGGAAAUGGCAGGUGGCCAGAAUACAGAAGCUGGUGAUAUGGUUAAGAGAUAUAGCGGUUCAGGACAAUCGAAUCCUUUGGCCCAAGCAGCCGAAAUCAUUAAUGGCGCUUUAGUGGAGGCAGUCAAUGAACAACGACGCAUAUCCGAUGCCAAAGGAAAUAAAGAAUCAAAAACCGAUGCGGGCGAAGUGGAAAAAAGUGAACGUUCUAGCAGUCCAGCUUUUGACUCGGAUGAAGAAUCCUCGGUCAAUCAGGUGCAACAGUUUAUGAAUCCACAAAAGUUGGCAAAUUUGCGUAAACGAUCUUCCAUAGGUUUGGUGUUCGGAGCCCAGGCAGCCUUAAUAGCCACACGCAGCAAAGGUAUGUGUACUCCCACCUCCAAAUCCAGUGAAGCCAUGCCUUUGUCUUCUGGAGCCAAUUCUCCCCACCAAAGCCACAAACUCGAGAGGGCACAAAGCAAAGAGGAAAUUAGUCGCCAAAUGCCGGCGGAGAAAACUAAACGAACCUCUUGUGCCACUCUCUCCCAAAUCGUUGAAACUGAACGCAAACCCAGUAUAGUAGCAACUACUAACAAACCAGAUGACAAUUCACCCCUUUCUCCUGUCAAUUUGGCUCCCAUUGAUGUACCCCGUGAACAAGUGCAUCACAGUCUUGUUCAAGCUAUAUUACCUCCUCCAGAACAAUUUCAGUGUACUUCUUUGUUUUCCGAAUGCUCGGAGAAUCCUUUUGGGGAUCGCAGUAGCAACAGCGAACUCCAGCUAACCUAUGACAUGAUGACAAAUAAUUCCGAAAUACGCUACAUGGAUGAAAGCUCCAUAGUCUUGCCUUCACCCACAACAAACGAUGUUAGUCAGAGCAGCUCCUAUCAACUCCCCAUAAACCAAAGCAAACAGACAACCAUAAAAAAAAUCACAAGUGCCGGCUCUCCUUUGCGUGCCAAUCAGAUAGCCAGUAGUCCUACGUUACUUUCACAGGCUUUACAAAAAGCUCAACAGCAGCAGCAGCAGCAAAUGUCACAACCUCCUCCACAACCACAACCACUACUACCACCACCUCCACCAAGUUCCAAUAAUAACAAUAAUGCACAAGGUGACUCCCUUACCCUUAUUUCCACCGAAAUCUAUUUUGCUCCCAGUUUUGAAAACCCCCAGCAAGAUGUUGAAAUUGAAAAACAAUUACUCGUUUCCUAUACAGGUUUGGAAGACUUUGAAAAGAUACGCCGCGAAAGCUGCAUAGAUCUCAUGAUACUACCACAUACAGCCAAACUAAUCGAAGAAGAAACCCAAGUCAGGCGCAGCUCCAGCCCACCCACGGCCGGCUGUAUGCCCAGCAAUGGUGCUGCUAAGCAAACUACAACUGCCAUUAAAACGGAAACGGCUACACCAACUACAACUAUUAACAGCACUGGUCUACACAAAAGUCUCGAUAAAAUUGAGGAACGAGAGACCUCCGAUACUACCAACAAAAUUGCCUCCACCUCGGGUACCACCAGCUCGGCUUCGACAGGUUUACAAAAUACUUCGGCCGGCCCAGAUACACAAAAAUCCAAGCAACAGUCAGGCUCCGUGAAGUCACAAAAGAAGUCAACGACGACGACCAGCUCCAACACCAAUCGCAGUUCCAGCAAACGAGCCUUCAUUCACUCCAUAGGCAAACACUUUAAAAGUAAAAAAGCCACCAUACCCCUGGUCAUUGGAGUGGGCAGACAGAAAUCAAAAUCUGAAAAUCGAGCACGCAAAGCAUUUCGUACCAUUUCCUUUAUACUGGGUUGUUUUGUGGCCUGUUGGACACCCUAUCAUGUGUUGGCCCUGGUCGAGGGUUUCUGUCGCAAUCCACCCUGCACCAACGAGCACUUGUACAUGUUCUCGUAUUUUCUGUGCUACGCGAACAGUCCCAUGAAUCCCUUCUGUUAUGCUUUGGCCAAUCAACAAUUUAAAAAGACAUUUACAAGGAUACUUAAGGGCGAUUGGCAUAUGACUUAA